AUGGCAGCCAGCAAAGAAAUCGUCGAAUUCGAAAAAAUACUGUAUAGCCUACUAGAGCGAAAACCGCCUGGUACUAGUGCCUCGAAAAUAAAAGAGUUGACGAGAAUAGCCAUGACUAGUCCAAAGGAAUACAAAAACAUCGUGCAAAGUGUGCAAAAAUUCAUCCAGAGGAGCGCUCCCGAUUACAAAUUAGGCGGUUUAUAUGUUCUUGACUCGAUAUCGCAGGCGGCUUCGCGACAAAAAGCUACCGUUAAAGAUUCGUCGUCGUCGUGGUCUGGAGCUGAAUAUUUGGAGAGAUUUGAAAAAUUGUUGGAUGAAAUAUUUCAAAAUAUUAUGGUUUGUCCGAAUAGUGAUAAGUUGUUGUUAUUUAUAUGCGAAUGGAGAUUUGACACGCCGUUCGAAGAAUCUCCCGAAUUUGUUCGCUGGGAAACAGCAAUAAAACCAAAAGCGGCAAAGCAUUAUAUAGAUCAUGCGUCUUUUGGUGACAAUCAACAGCUAUUUCAUGUCGAUAAUGGCGGAUUCGAUACUUGGAGUAUUAAUUUUAUGGAAAAAGUUCACCGUGUUAUUGACAUCUGGCUAAAAAAAGGCGGAAUUUACAAGUCUGAAGUAUUGACAAUUAUUAAAGAAAAAUACUUUAGUUCCGCAUCCGCGCCCGUGUCGUCAUCGCCAUCGAUACCACUUGCUGCUGACCCAGUUUCAGGUGUUCCUUUUGCCUCUCCCGCUCCUCAUCCAUAUCCAAAUAUGAAUGGGGCUCCAAUGCAAAUGCCGCCUCCUCAAAUCCAGCAAUUAGCGCCGCCACAAUCUCAUCCAGCUACUCCAGCACAAGUACCACCACAGAUAUUCGCUCAACCACCAAAAAAUAACGGCAACGGAAACAACAACGCCACGCCGUCGAAACCUGGUUUAGAUCAUCAUUCUCCCGCCGCUGCUACUGCUACACAAUUUGAUAAAAUGGAUUUAGAUUCUUCAGAUGUUAAUCAUAAUAAUGGAUUAAAUGAUACGAAUGCUAACGUAACUUCUGUAAAUGCUCACCAAUUUCAUCCUGAACAACCACCACCACAAUUCACCAACACCAAUCAUUUCUUUCAACCGCAGCAACCAAAUAUCGGACAGCCGCAGCAAAUUAAUGGCGCAGACAUAACUAGUGGACCACAACAACCUUCUUGGGGACCUCCACCUGUUGGACAGCAACAGCAAAAUCUUGGUGUUCCACCUCCAUCUGAUCAACAGCAACAUGGACCUCCUCCACAAUUUUCAGGUUUUCCGCCACAAUGGAAUCCUAAUGCACCACCGCCACAAAUGAAUGGAGCGCCACCUUUUUUACCGCCUUCUACUGGUGCACAUCAAAUUCCACCUCCACAUGUCCAUUCCACACCUCCCGGCCAACUGCCACAAUUGGGACACGCGUCAUCUGAUCUUCAUGGUAUGCCGCCACCACAACAAAUAGCGCCGUUGUCUAUCCAUCAUGGUCCAUCACAAGGUCAUCCCGAUAUGUACCUUGGCCCACCACCACCUCAUGGAGGACACUUGGAUAUGAAUCUUGGACCACAACCACACGGACCACCACCUGCACAAGGUCAUCUUGACAUGCACUUUAGACCACCGACAGGUCCUGGUCCACAAAUUCCUCCACCCAUUGAUGAAAAUACAUAUUUGGCAUAUGAAGAUCCUACAAUACCCAAAGAUUCUAUUAGAGUUUUGAGUAGAACACUUUAUGUCGGCGGUGUGACUCCAUCGAUGAAAUAUGAAGAUAUUGAAGCAAUUUUCUUGAUCCAUGGCAAAGUGUCGAGCGUUACGAUUAACCAUGACAAACAUAACGCUUUUGUAAAAAUGGGAAAUCGAGGUGCAGCGAUGCGUACAAUUAUGGAGAGCGGAAAUAUUUUAAAAACGACCAAACUAGAGGUUCGAUGGGGAGUCGGAUUCGGACCAAAAGAAUGUUAUAAUUUCAAAACAGGUGAAUCAGUAAUUCCGUUGGCACGACUAACCGAAACCGACAAAAGAUGGUUAAAAACAAGUGAAGUCGGAGGCACAGGCGGACGCGAACUAAUUGGAGGAGUAGCGAUAGAAGAGCCUAACAUUGUUAUCGGAGAAGGGCCGUCAAGUGGAUCUACCAAUAAUCCAAAGAGAGCAUUUAACGCGCAUUUCGAUGACCAUUCGCCACAUCAUUCGCGAGGUGGCGGUGGUGGCCAUAGUUAUGAGAGUGUUGAAAGUGCAAAUAAUCGGGAUGUUGGUAAUAGUGGUAAUGGUGGUCGAUUGGAUGAAAGGCCGUACAAUACUAUGUCGUCUAAUAACAAUAAUUCGAGAAAAUUUUCGGAUGCUUCAUGGGAAGGGAGUAAUAAUCAACAAGAUCAAAAUCGAUCUUGGACCAAUGAACAAGAUGAUUACCAUCAACAACAGCAAAGAUCUUCACCUCCUGAUAGCAAUCAACAACCACAGUUCCAAUUUUCUCCUCAAAAUGCAAAAUUACCUUUCAAUAAUACAACUAAUGAGUCACCACUACGACCAACAUUAUUUCACACUCCAAAUACAACAACCACAACACCAACAUCGCCUCCUCCGGCUUCACUACUUCUAGAAUCUUGGUAUAAUAAUAGCCAGUCAGUUGGUCAAAUAGAAUCACCUGAUUUACUAAUGCUAAACAAACAACAACUACAACAAGAAAAUUAUAUCCCAAAUAAUAAUAAUGAACAUUUUCGUGGUUUUGGUGAAGAUGCACAUGUAUUAGCUGCUACUGGUGGUGGCGGGUCAACGAGGCGAAGAACGAGAUGGGAUAGACAAUCAAAGUGA